GCACGAGCACCGGAAAGCGCAACAAUCGUACGCCAGGCAUCAACCGUUGUGCACCCGCAGUAUCCAGCAUUCAGCUCCCACAGAGGUACAGGAACUUGGUACAAAUUACAAACACCCAGAACAGUGCAAGUGUGUUAAAGAUCGUUCGGAAAAUCGGAUCGCUUGAUUUGUGUUUCGAGCUGGUGCGUUGAAGUGAGAUCGAUCUCGACCCCAGGUUUCGACACACGGUUCUUUAACGAACGAAAGUGAUCCCGCACCACGACAGCAACAUGGUGAAGCUUCAUCUCGUCUGUGCCGUACUGCUGUUCGCCUUUCUCGGCUGGGCUCACGGGCUGCCGGUGAAGGAGCAGGAGCUGGAGGAGGUGCUGACCAAGCUGCAGGAGCUGAAGCGGCUGAACGAUGGCCAACUAAAGCAAGUCAAUGAGGAGAAGCAGCAGCUCAGCACAGCUUCCGGUCAACGGCCGGCUGGACCUUCGGCGGGUGCUUCGGCCGGAACUGCAGGCUACAAAGCGAAGCGUUCGCUCAACAACUCCGACCGGCGGACACUGCUCUACAACUACUAUUCCCGUGGAUUGGCACCGAUGUACGACAAGCGUAACUUUGACGAGAUUGAUCGAUUCGCACGAUUCAACGGCAAGCGCAAUCUGGAUUACGAGCCCUCGUACACCGGAUCGGUGGAUCACGGCUACAAUGGACGCUUCAGCAAGCGCAACUUUGAUGAAAUUGAUCGCUUUAAUGCUGGCUUCAACUAUCGGCUAAACGGGGACGAUAUGGCCACGAUCGGCAAGCGAAACUUUGACGAAAUCGAUCGAUUCGGACGGUUCGCGUUCAACAAGCGGUACUUCCCGGAGGUAAACGAGCUCAGCCCCGGUAACAACCUGAAGCACGAUCUCUCGGAAGAUAUGGCCGUCAUCAAUGAGUAUUCGCAGUAAGGCACACAGGAACACAGGAUUUCGUACACGUGGUAACAAUUGGCGCAUGCAAUGUGAAACGGAAAUACUAAACCCACCCCCCAGCACCAUUCUUCCCCACCCAAAAUGCUAAGCGGCACACCGAGGCACACUUUCGUUAGUUUCUAGAAGCAAAUAUGGAAGAGAGCAGGAAAAGAAGGAACAUUAGAGUAAUAAUAAUUGUUGGUGCGAGGUACUCUUCACCGAGAGAGAGAGAGAGAGAGAGAAGAGAAUUCACUUUAAAUAAAAACUAGUUCACUGCUCUUGUAAUAAAAAAAACUUAAAACAAGAAGAAAAAACCCCCAUUCUAAUAAAUAUAAACUAUCGAGCGAUGGAGAGUGAAACGAGAGCGGAUGGAUAAAACCAACAAACAAAAAAACGUUACUUUAAAUAAGUUUGAACCAACAAGUUGUAAAGUAUGAUGAACAAAGAAGCAAAAUAAAUAAAUGGAAGUCAUGAAAACAGAAAAUGGACAACAAAAAGAACAGAAAGACAAAAGCAUUCAACAUAAAAACUUUACGCUAAAGCUACUGAAUAAACUUAAAAUGCUAAUCGAUGUGUGUUUGCAGCUCUGA